AUGUUCUCCCAUGAAGAAAAGUGUGAUAUGUUAGAAUGCUAUUUAGUUGAAUUAUAUCCCGCUCGCAUUCAACCGUAUGAACGAUAUUUUCUGAGACUUUAUCGAAAAUUUAGGGGCAACGAAAAUGUUUUUGCUAAAACAAGGGCAAAAAAAGAAUUCAUAAUAAGCGAGGCCACGGAAAUUGCAGUUAUUGGAUAUUUUGAAGCUUAUCGUGAGAAUUCAAUAGCAGAUAUUCUGAAGGACUCUAAUUUCAGUUAUGGUACUGUUCAAAGGAUUUUAAAAAAAUACAAAUUUAUUCCGUAUAAGUACCGACCAGUUCAAACGCUUUUGGCAGGGGAUCCAGAGAGAAGACUUGUUUUUUGCCAUUGGUAUCUUAGCUUCUGUCGCCAAAAUGUAAAUAACUUUCGUUACCUUUUAUGGACAGAUGAAUCAAAUUUUUCAAAUUCUGGAAUGUUUAAUAGAAAAAACCACCAUUAUUGGUCAAGAGAAAAUCUUUUGUUAGUACAUCCAAGAGGCCCACAAGUCCGUUUCAGUUUCAACGUUUGGUGCGGUAUAAUUGGUUCAAAAAUUGUUGGCCCGUUCUUUUAUGAGGGAACCCUAACUGGUGAAAGAUAUGUGGAAUUUAUGUCAGAAAUUCUGACUAAUUUCUUAGACGAAUUGGAUCUUAUAAGUAGACAUCAUCUGCAUUUUCAGCAAGAUGGCGCACCUGCCCACAACUCCAGAGGUACUUAUCAUUUUCUAAGUACUACUUUUAAUGAUCAGUGGAUAGGAACAAAUGGCCCAAUACAGUGGCCUCCCAGAUCACCAGAUCUAAACCCACUUGAUUACUUCUUGUGGGGUUACUUGAAGAACCAAAUUUACAAGCGAAGGUACGAUAACCUUGACGCGUUAAAGACUGCAGUUAGGGAAAAGAUAACCCAGAUAGAUGGUAGGACCAUACUUAAGACAGUUCGAGCAGUUGAAAAACGUGCCCAAAAAUGUAUUGAAGAACAAGCGCCACAUCAGCCGACAAUUUCCCGUUGGUAUGGAGAAUUCAAACGUGGACGGGUGAGUUUUAGCGACGAUCCCAGAGUGGGUGCACCAAAAACGGCAGUCACCCAGGAAAGCGACGAUGCUGUGCGCAAACUCAUCAUUGAAGAUAGACAUGUGACAUAUCGCGAGAUUGAGGCGUCCUUAAAGAUCUCAAAGACCUCAAAUCAAAAAAUUUUACAUGAAGAAUUAGGAAUAAAAAAAUUAGUUUCUCGUUGGAUACCCCACCUGUUGACUGAAGAGCAGAAAGCAGCCAGGGUUAAUUGGUGUCAAAAAACGCUUGACCAUUUCAAUUCCGGAAACUCAAAAAAUUCGGCUGUUUGGGUGUUCCAAGUCUUCCGUUCUCGAAGUGUUUCGAAAAAGAUGGUCGCGACAUUUGUGUCUAAAGCGGGUCAUAUUGCAACAAUUCCUCUUAAUGAGCAAAGAACUGUUGCUGCGGAUUGGUAUACCACCAUUUGUUUGCCAAAAGUCAUCACCGAGCUUCGAAAAAUCAACCCCGAAAGAAGAAUUGUCCUCCACCAAGACAAUGCAAGCUCGCACACAGCCCAAAAAACAAGGCAGUAUUUAACGGAAGAAAACGUGGAAUUAUUGGACCAUCCUCCAUAUAGUCCCGAUCUAAGUCCUAACGAUUUCUUUACUUUCCCGAAAAUUAAAAACAGACUACGUGGUCAAAGGUUCCAGUCACCAGAAGAAGCAGUUGACGCAUUCAAAAAUGCCGUUUUGGAUCUGCUAGGAAACGAGUGGAAUAAGUGCUUCGAAAAUUGGUUCGAGCGCAUGCAAAUGUGUAUUAAUCUUCGUGGAGAAUACUUCGAAAAACAAUAA